CAGCCUGUUGACAAGAACUCAUGCAGUGGUGACUUCGGAGGACCGGUGUUGUACCAGACUCCAUCCGGAUACUACCAGGAAGUCGGCAUCAACUCGUACAAGAAUGGAGAGUGUCUCCCGAACUCGGGAAUCGUUGCCACCAAGACAGCCAAUUACGUGGACAACUUCAUCAAGAGCAACACCCAGGAUGCGCAAUGGUGCCCGGCGCCUUGAGACAUCCUUCCUAGCUGCCGAGAGUGUCUGCAUGCCCUCCCGACCUGAAGCUCGAAUCUCCGAAUGUCCUGUAUUCGUGCAUCCCUUCGUGUCGUCUCUUCUCUGGGAGGUGGCAGUGAAACGAAUCCCUUUUGUGAUUUUAUUAUUAUUGCAAUGAAGUCCUUCUGGAACUGCC